AUGGUAUUUCAAAUUUUUCUAUACAUAUUUAUAACUUUUAUUUUAAUCAUAAUUGCUAUUAUUUAUUUUAAAUUGAUUCAUCCAGAGAAACGUUUGUAUGAUGAAUUUCACGCACAAGGUAUCAAAGGUGAACCAUUUGUGCCUCUUAUUGGACAACUUCCACAAAUUCUUCGAUACCGUAAAGCGGAUAUGGGAUUGGACUAUUUUCAAGAAUUGAUAAGAAAACAUGGAAAUAUAUUUUUGAUGGGUUUUGGCCCUUUUACAAGAAUUAUUGUUAAUGAACCUGAUUUACUUGCUGAUGUAUUUAGUCGAACUAACGCCCUAAAUUAUGAUAAACGAUCAAUUAUUAAUGAUUCUUUAAUACCAAUUAUUGGUCGGCAUAAUCUAUUAUUGUCUGAAGGUAGUGAACAUGAACGAGCUCGUCGAAUGAUUAAUCCAGCAUUUCAUCAUGUUAAUCUUAAAUCUAUGGUUUCCAUCAUAUCUGGUCAAACCGCUAAAGCUAUUGAAGCUCUUUUACUUAAAUGCAAUUCAAAUCAACAAAAACAAGAACCGGUUGAUUUACAGAUUGAAUUUAAUACGAUUACACUAUCUAUCAUUGUAUCCAGUGCCUUUGGAUCAGGCAUCGAAACAAUUAUCAAUGCAAAAGAUGUGAUUCGUCGAAUAUUUAACGAAGUACUUGAUGCUAUUAUGUAUCGUACAAUAGGUUUGAUCAAUCAGAUACCUGUAAUAUCACAAUUACCUUUUUGGAAAAAGAAUAUAGUCGAUCAGGGAGCUCGAAUCAUAGGUGAAUUAGUCGAUCAAAUUAUUGAUGAUCGUCGACGGGGUCGAUCCUCCAGUUUGUCCAAUGGUGCUGAUCUUCUUGAUUUACUUCUCUCCGCUGUUGAUGAUGAAGGACAACCAUUUACUAAUCAAGAAAUCAAAGAAGAAGCACUCACAUUUGUAGUGGCUGGUAGUGAAACUACUGGGAAUCUUAUGGUAUGGAUUUCAUAUGUUUUAAUGACACAUAAUGAUGUCUUACAAGCCUGUCGCGAAGAAGUUGAUAGAAUUUUACCCAAUGGUAUAGAGCUUACAAACGAACAUCUAUCUGAAUUAGUAGUAUGUGAAGCAGUGAUCAAUGAAGCACUUCGUCUAUAUCCACCUGCUGCUCUCUUCGCACGUCACUGUGUUCAUGAACAUACUAUUGGUACAGACCGACAAUUACGCAUACCUACUGGAGCAACCAUCAUUAUUUAUAAUUAUCUUCUUCAUCGUCGAAGUGAUCUUUGGCCCCGACCACUUGAGUUCGACUAUACUCGUUGGAUGCGUGAUCCAAAAACUGGUCUUAAACCAAAGUUACCUCAUCCAUUUGCUUAUCUUCCUUUUGCUGCUGGACCACGUAAUUGCAUUGGACAAAACUUUGCAUUAUUGGAAGCCAAAAUCAUGUUAGCUAUGUUUGUACAACGAUGCAAUUUUGAAUUAAUACCAGGACAAAAGAUAGUACCUGAUGUUAAAAUUACAAUGCGUACUAAAUAUGGUUUAUGGGUAAAAAUUAGUAAACGUUCAAUAUCGAGUGUUUCAAAAUGA